UUCGCACGGUUCCUCCCUAUUUUCCCUUCUCCCCUCUCGACGCUAUAGAAAAGGUUCCUCUCUUUCUUUAUCCCCCAUCCCUUGAUUUAAAGACCUCUCCUUGCCCCUCUGGAAGCGCCCGAUCGCUUUCUAUCAAAACCCUAAUUCCUCUCUUCGCGAUCUUCGUCGCAUCUCCUCGCUCUCGAUCUCCGGAAUCGGAGGAGGGUUUUGGGGAAAUUCGUCGAUUCGACGGGGGUUAUGAGUUUUGCUUUCUUGAUUUGAAUUCUUGAGGUUUUCUUGUGGAUUGGUUGAGGGUUAGGGUUUGGGAAAAGAUCCAUGGCGGCGGAGGGGGAGGAGGUGGAGUACGAGAGCGAUCCCGAGGAUGCGCCGCUGCCUUCGAUGAGGCGGAGGGAGGCUAGUGACGACGAGGACGGGGACAGGUCGGACGGGGGAGGCAAGCCGGCGAGAAGGGAUCCAAGGCUGGGGAUUGGAUCUGAUGGCGAGUCGGACGGUCAGGGCGGAGCCCAUGUGUACGAAGAUGAUGAGGAAUUCGGGGUGGAGGAAGAUGUGGAGGAAUUUGAGGCGGAGGAAGAAGUGGAGGAAGAACUCGUAGAGGAAGUAGUGGAACUUGAAGAGUCGACUGGUGAAGAGGCAGGGCAUCAUAGUUCUGCAGGGAAGGCUGAAAGCCCUGGCGAGGGGCAUCCUCCAGCGGAGCCCGCUGGAGAUGGCCGGAGAUCUGGUGGGGAACCAGUGGAAUAUCGGGGCAAGAAUCAAGUAGAAGAGGAGAAGAAGGAGAACGAGCCGUACGCUGUGCCGACUGCCGGGGCUUUCUACAUGCAUGAUGAUCGGUUUCAGGAAAAUGGCCGAGGUCGCCACAGGCGUAUGUUUGGUGGGCGGAAAUUGUGGGACCCUAAAGAUGAUCAUGCCUGGGUGCAUGACAGGUUUGAAGAGAUGAAUUUGAAAGAUACACAUUAUGAUGAGGAGAGGAGAAGAUCCAAAGGUCGAUUUAGAGGCCGUGGCGGCGGCAAAAGCCGGGGUAGCGAUCGUGGUUAUGCUAGGGGUAGCAGAUCUCGUGCUUACUAUGAUGAUGGUGGCAACCAAAGCCGUGCUCCAAAGUCUGUGAGAGGGAGAGGGCCAAGGCGCUAUGAACCUAUCCCCAAAAGCAACAGUGGGCCUCCUGCAACUCAAAACAAGCAAUCUGUCAAACCUCAAGAACCAACACCAAAUGUUAAUGCAGGGAGAUCCCCAUUUCAAACUUCAAGUGUGCAACCAGAACAAGUAGUUUCUAGGAAGCAAGUUUUUGCUUCUAGUUUAAGUUCUGCUUCUCCUCCAUUUUACCCUUCUGGGUCAUCCAAUCAAGAAGUCUCCAUGAUUCAGAAAGGCAAUGCACAAACUGGAAGUGCCAAUAAGACACUGUCAUCUUCGACGCCGAUGGAGGAUAAUUUUCCACCUUCACAAUCUGGAUCGUUGUUGAGAGGAAAAAUGGUUGUUGAUUCGGUUGCUCAUGAUAGGUUAUAUGUUGAUGAUUCUCUCCGACAAGUUGCUGGAAAAACCAUGGCUAUUUCUCCAUUGCAGUCAUCUGGAUUUUCCUUAUCAUCGACCACUUCUGGUCAAUCUUCUAAUUCCAGAGUUCAGGGGAGGGGUUUAAGCAUUAGUGGACUGCCAAAUAGUCAAUCCACUGUGUCACAUAAUCAAGCUGCAAGAAUUCCUGCUCAAACCCAGCCCCCAAUAGCUCAACAGAGACCAGCUCAAACUCCAAAUCAACCUGCAUUACGAAUUUCCACUCAGCAGUUGGGUCAGCGGCCUGGCGGUGGAAAUCAAGUUUCAUCUCCACCUCAACCUCAAUCGGCAAAUUCAUCUGAGAUUGGAGAGACUGAUUCACCUCCAGGCUCAAGUAAAUCCAAGACAGCAUUGGUUGGAAAGGGGAAAACUAGUAUUCAAGGAGCUGGAAGGGGCGCUUUUCUCUACAGUGGAGCUCAAGUUAUUGGAGCAACUGGGGCUAUGGGCCUUGCCCAUGGUGACCAGAGCUUUCCUGGUACUCCAGCACUGUUGCCAGUUAUGCAGUUUGGGGGUCAACAUCCUGGUGGUCUUGGGGUUCCUACUGUUGGUAUGGCUCUGCCAGGAUACGUGGCUCAACCACAGCUUGGUUUUGGGAAUUCUGAAAUGACUUGGGUGCCGGUAUUAGCUGGUGCUGCCGGGGCUUUGGGGGCAUCAUAUUGCUCACCCUAUAUAGCACUUGAUGGUAGUUAUUAUGCCCGUCCUUCAGGACAGAUGUCUUCAUCAGUUGCUUCCAGGGAAACUAGUACAGCUAAACCUGCUAAUUCCUGGAAACCUCCAGAGAGACCUGAGAUAGUGAAUGACGAAUUUGGGCAACGCCAGAACAAGCCUCGUAGCAGAUAUUCAGAGAUGAACUUUGGCCAGUGAAAUACAUACUUAAGAUUGAGUGUGUUUGAAUAAGCAGCUUAAGACCCGUUUCCUAGCCCUCUGUGAUCUUCAGCUUCUUAUCUGGAGCACGUUGGGUUGCCUGGUGUCCCUUGAAAUGCUAGCUAUGUAACGCCUGUUCUUGCUGUAAUCGUGCGAGAAGACCAUUAUGCAGCAGGGCGGGUGGCAUUCUCUUGUUUGAACUGUGGUAUUGUUUAGUUGUUGAUAGAAGCUUGUGAGAAUGGUGGCAAGCUUCUGUUAGGAGUGAAGUGUUGAGAAAUAAAUUGCAGUGGUGGUUAGUUUUACUUUCAUUUCUAGUUUGUCUUGCUGUGGAGUCUUGUUGGGUAGAAUUGCUCGUCCUAUGAGCUAAUGCACCUUGUUAAUCUGCUGUAUACCUUUUUUCAAGUUAAUAUGACUGGUGUUUAUGUUAUAUAGUGCUCUAUCUGAAUUCUCCUAAUUAGUUGCUGGAGGCCAGCUUGA